CUGGGCCGUACGUAGAGUUCAGCCGCGAUAUGCAAGCAUUGAAGGCUGCCUUGACCCGUUCAGAUACUCUGACUGCCGCGACUCAUAUCAUUCCAGACUACAUACUUGCUCGCAGCGACAGAAGCUCGUCAAUAACGCAACUACACCAAAACCAGUAACGACCGAAUGUCCGGCGGAAAGUCCUUGUUCGUAAAACAUAUCAUCUUGUCCGUGAAAUCGUACAGCAUAAACGAGAGGAGGACUGGUAACAUAUAGCGCUCGGCUUUGAGUCGUGCCGAGACUUGGAGCCGGCCGCGCCUGGAGUCCGAGAAGUGCAGGGGACGAUAUUCCGCCCGUCGGAGGGGCGCAACGAUGUCCAACGACUCCAGACAGCCUGACGCGGAGGGGGAGUAUCUCCAUCGGGAGGCCAGAAACGCAAGCAACGCGGCGUCGUCGAAGGCCCCGCCGUGGCUCUCGAGCCAGGCGCUCUUCAGCGCUGGGAGCAGACCCCCGUCGGCCGACAGUGCGCUGAGGAAUUCGUCGUUGAUGCUGUCGUGCGCAGCGUCGGCCUGCGACAGCGAGAUGCCCAGGAACGUCAGAUUGGGCACCACGCGCAAACACCGCAGCAGCUGGUGCGUGUCCAGCGGGAGGUACGCCAGGCUCAGGCGCUGGAGGCGCCGCCCAUACCGAGCCAGAAACUGCGCGAAUCCAUCAGCAGUCGGGCCGUCAAAGCCCCGGUACGAGGCCUGCGAGACGGCCCAGCUGAUGCCCAGACACGACAGUGCCGGCACGGAAAGCCUGUUCAGCACAGAGAGAAGGUCGCUUUGGGCAUCCGUUCCAUUCCUGCUGCCGUACAGCUUGAGCUCAAAAUGCGACAGAUAUGGAAGGCGGAUGUCCUCAUCCUCCGGCUGCGUGUCUUCCAGCACGCACAACGCAUUCGUCCGGCAGCGGCGAAGCGCCUUCGCCUCGCGCAGGAUGCACAGGAUCUGAUCGAGCGUCGGCACAGGAAUCACGAACAGAUCCAGCGUCGAUAUCUGGUCCCACCGGAUGCGCAGACUCGCGGGCGCCAGCGUGAAUGCGACGGCGGUCUCCAGCUUGAACUUUCGCAGCAAAGGCAAUCUCGCGCCGUCGAGAUCACACAACGGGGCGAGACACGCGUUGGGUGCGUGGAUGCGCACAUCGCGCCACCGGGCUGAGGCGUCGAUCAGGAGCCCGAAGAGCACCGUGGCCGUGCUGUCCAUAACCGGGUAGUGCACUUUGAAAUCGAGCGGAAUCCGCCGAGAGCGUCUGAUCCACCGUGCAAGCUCGUCGAUGGGCUCAUCGCACCGCCUAGAUCCAGGCCGGACGUCGAGCGAAAAGGACGACCAGAGCAGCCUCGGCCCUUGGGUCGCGCUUCCUAC